GGUCCUCCGGUUAAUGGAACGAUUCGAUCAGAUACGCAAUUAUUAGUGAACUUGACGAUUACACGAACACUUUGGUCUGCCGUGCUGGAUCAGAGUGAACGACCACGAAACACACGAACAUUUUGGUCCUCCGGGCCGGAUGUAUGUGAACUAGUGAGUGAAUGGACGUACAGUCCGACGCGAGUGCAGUGAAUGAGUGAUGUCGGAAGCGAAGUCCGACGCAGUGAUGUCGGAAGCGAAGUCCGACGCGAAAUCGACCGCAAAGGCGGUCGCACGGUGUGACGCUAAAUCUACGCGCAGCUCGCAGGCAUGUCAUACCCGCAGCGAGACCUUCGGCAGCGCAGCCUCGUCCACCAUCAGCGCAGCCCGCCGCCGAGCCGCGCUAAGCAAGCUCGCAGCGGAGCAAGGCCAGCGCGCGGCCGCGGCAAAGGCGGAGCUGACACGGCAGGAGGCGGAGCGGGCGCGGCAGGAGGCGGAGACGCAGGCGGAGCGGGCGCGGCAGGAGGCAGAACUGGCACGACAGCGGGCAGCUCUCGAAGCUCAACAGCUCGCCGACGAAGCUGAACGCCGUCAGCUGGAGCUGGAGCUGCUCGAGGAGGAGGAGUAUGGCCACCAGUCAUCUGCCGUCGACCGUCAGGCUCUAGCUCGGCCUGCUGCCGCAGCUCCAAGUGAGCCAGCCGCCCAGCUGCGUGAACCGCUGCUGCCGGGUGAGAGAUUCUCACGCACCCGGGACUGGGUGGAGCAGUCCUCCCAGUACGGACAACUGGUGAGCGCGCGGCCAUACGACGACCGUCCCCAGCAGGAAGCGCGACGCCCGCUACAGCCCGUGAGACAGCAAACGACUCCACAGCUGCCUCAAGUGACCCUGGAUAAGUUCAGCGGCUCCGCCCUGGAAUGGCCGAGAUGGAUCGCGCUGUUCAGGGCUCUAGUGCACGAUCGAGACGACCUGACUGACGUCGAGCGCCUGACAUAUCUCCAGGCUCAUCUCACCGGGCCGGCCAAGGAAUCAGUGCGCGGUAUGUUGUGCGAAUCUUCUCUGUACGGUGAGGCUCUGCGUGAGCUAGAGGAGGAGUUCGGUGACCCUGCACGGGUCAUUCACGCGACGAUGAAAAAACUGCUCGAUUCGCGGACGGUGAAAGAUGGUGAUAUGUCAGCCGUGACAGAGCUGUCACGUGACCUUCGCACCGCGGUCCGUGUGCUACAGUGCCUUCACUACGACGCGGACAUCUCGGCUGCCACCAAUGUAACAGCCGUGAUCUCGAAGCUUCCCGCUGCGCUGGCGCUGAAGUGGGGCGAGCACGCUGUACACGCUGGUCUCGUCCGCCCUACUCUCGCUGACCUGGACAGCUGGCUGCGCCGCUACGUGGCCGCUGGGCGCGCGUCCCUGACCCUGACGGGCCACCAGCAAUCCAAGGCCGAGGUCAACAGUGGGGAGAGCCGGCAGCGGCGUGUUUACGCGACUGCGCUAGCGCCGGCCGCACCCCGAGAGGUCGUAAAACCGAAAAUUAGUGCAAUAAAGGCAGCGCCGGUCGCGAGUGAGGACACAUGUGUAGUCUGUCAGGGGGCACAUGACGUAGAGCGCUGUGACAGGUUCCUGGAGCUGACAGCGAGCGAGAGAGCUGAAGUGGCCGGUCGAAACGGGCUCUGCUUCAACUGUCUCGUGCGAGGCCACAUCAGCGCCGCGUGCACGUCUAGCGCAAAAUGUGGUCACGAGAACUGUGGAAAACGUCACCACACGCUUCUGCACAACGGAGAGCGUGUGUUUCCACGGCGCAAUGCUGCCGGCAGCGCGCCGUCACCAGUGAAACAUGUUGGCACUGCGGUGGUCGAGCCACCCUGUAAGGUGCUGCUGCAGACACUGCCGAUAACGGUGCAUGGUCCUGCUGGGCGCUGCACAACCCACGCGCUUCUCGACCUCGGGAGCCAGGUAACGCUGGUGACCGAAGGCCUGAGCGACCGUCUCGGCAUCUCUGGAUCCAUUGACAGUUUGGUCCUGAGUACCCUAAACGGAAGUGAACGACUCAGAUCACGCCGUGUGUCCUUCGUGAUCGAGCCUGUCAGCAGCGGUGGCACACGUCACGAAAUACGGAACGCCCAAACGACGCCGACGCUGAGUGUGUCAAAUCACGCCAUGGACUGGUCACGGGAGAAGGGCAAAUGGCCUCAUCUCGCUGACCUGGAUCUGCCGAGUACGACUCGAGGUCCAGUAGAAGUACUUCUGGGCGCUGACGUCAUAGAACUGAUCGUGGCACGUGAGGUGAUCGACGGACCGCCGGGUGCGCCGUGCGCCGUGAGAACACUGCUCGGCUGGACGGUCACCGGCCGCGCGCCGGAUCGAAACCUGCCAGUCAACAAGGACGUGCAUCAUAUCCGUGUCAGCGAGGAAACCCAGGACGCUUCGGAAGUGACUCGAUGGCAACACGUGCCAGGGUCACUGAACUCAUCGAACAUAGGCAGCCGAAGCUGCUCGGUGACUGAGAUGGCACCGAGCGGAGAGCGGGGCCAAGGUCGCGCCGUCCUGUCGCGCCGUCCCCAGGACCGGCCCGCCGCGCCGCCCCGCCCGACAGAGCGCCCGAGAGACGAGGAAACAGCCGAAAUGAGAGCACCAGCCUGCGUCACCAGGGGAGCGGAGCCGGCCAUAAACCCCAGCCGGUUCUCAUCAUGGCUCAGGCUGCUGCGUGUGACAGCGUGGGCGCGCCGAUUCGCUCACAACAGCCGCAGCCGAGCAGCAGCUGAUCGGCGGACGGGACCGCUGACUGAUGAAGAGCUGAGAGAAGCUGAGCGCGUCUGGCUGCUCAGCACACAGGCCGAGCAGUUCGGCGAUGAAAUCGAAGCUCUCCAGCACGGAAGGCGGCUUCCCUCGAACAGCCAGCUGCACCGGCUUAACCCAUUCCUGGACUCGAACGGCCUUCUGAGAGUCGGGGGCCAGCUGCGCCACGCCCAGCUCGACUUCAAGGUCAAGCGCCGGGUGAUUCUACCUGCACGCGGAGACAUCACUCGGCUGAUCGUCACCGACCGACACGAGAAGUUCGCCCAUUCUGGCGCAGAGCACGUUCUGGCUCACCUGCGGCACCACUUCUGGGUCAUCAGUGGCAGGGCCGCUGUGGAGCGGUACACACCUACCUGCACGCCGUGCCGGAAACGGUCAGCCCAGCCAGCGCCGCCGCUAACGAGUGACCUACAGGCUUCCAAGUGGGCGAGCCGGCCCCGAGCCGCACCUCCGGACGCUCAUCACACGGAUGAAGUGACGCGCAGACCCGGCAGACGUGCAGCUCGACGAAUUAGCGCCGGUGACAAAGGACAAUCUGCCUCGCGGGCACUGGCCUGUGGGGCGAGUGGUGAACGUGUUCCCUGGCGCCGACGGCCGAGGGCGGGUGGUCGAAAUGGCCACUGCCACUGGUCGCUCUAGACGGCCGGUCUCUCGUCUCUGUUGUCUGGAGUG